CAAAACCCAACACGUGCACGGAGUUGAACCACUUGGCGAAAUAGAAUUGAAAUUACACAUUUAUCGCAACGUUUUGUGCUUUAUAAAUAUACUGGUCUGAACGGUGGACGCCACUGCCCGAUAAUCGCCCACGAUGAGCGACGACACACACAAGUACAGCGACGCCGAGGAGGAUGAGGGGGAGCUGAAAAAUUCGGAGUGGGUGAAAGACUUCAAAUCUCUCACCGUGAAACCCGAGACGAAACUCAGCGAGGAGCGGCCAAAAGAAGGAGAAUUAGAUCUGGAUUACGACUAUGAUGAAGACGACGACGAAGACUACGAGCUGGGCGAUCAAUACGAUGCGUAUGAGGAGGCCUACAGUGGCUUCAGUAAGCUCAACACACAGCCGCAGCUCACAACAACUGGCUCAGCUGCUGGUGGAGGUGGAGCGGGAAGCGGCGGAGGCGCUGCGCCGCGUGUGAGCAGCUACCAGCCCAACGAAAAGCUGCUGCGGCGAUACUCUGCACGCAUCAAUGUGGAGAAAUAUGAUCCCACACCGAACAUGAGCGCACAGGCGGCCAACCGGCUGGUCAACUUCGACCGUCGCCAGGACACGGAGCGAGUGCGUGUGAGGGACAAGCACGAUCGAGCCACGGCAGAGCAGGUGAUGGACCCGCGCACACGCAUGAUACUCUUCAAGCUGCUCAAUCGCGGCCUGAUCCAAGAGAUAAACGGCUGCAUAUCGACGGGAAAGGAGGCGAAUGUCUACCAUGCCGUGUCCAAAGACGGCGCCGACGAGUAUGCCAUCAAAAUUUACAAGACCUCCAUCCUGGUGUUCAAGGACCGGGACAAGUACGUGUCCGGCGAGUUCCGGUUUAGGCACGGCUACUGCAAGCACAAUCCCCGCAAGAUGGUCCGCACGUGGGCCGAGAAGGAGAUGCGCAACUAUCUGCGAAUGCGAAACGCUGGCGUGCCCGUGCCAGAGCCGAUUCUGCUCCGAUCCCAUGUGCUGGUAAUGCGCUUCUGUGGCCGUGAUGGCUGGCCGGCGCCCAAGCUAAAGGACUUCGAGCUGAGUACGUCAAAGGCGCGCGAGCUGUACCGGGACUGUGUGGUGAUCAUGUGGCGGAUAUACAACCAGUGUCGCCUCGUCCACGCCGAUCUCUCAGAGUUCAAUAUUCUGAUGCAGGACGGACAGCUGGUGAUUAUCGAUGUCAGCCAGUCAGUGGAGCACGACCAUCCCCACGCGUUUGACUUUCUGCGCAAGGACUGCACCAACAUAUCGGAAUUCUUCCGCAAGAAGUCGGUGGCCACCAUGACCGUCAAGGAGCUGUUCGACUUCAUUACGGACCAAACGAUAACCGAGGAGAACAUGGAGCAGUGCUUGGAGAGCAUCUCGGAGCGCAUCAAGGACCGAGACUUUGAUGCCAUCACGGCACAGGAGAGGAUCGAUGAGGCCGUCUGGCAGAACACCUACAUUCCCAAGCGCUUGGACGAGGUGCGACACUUCGAGCGUGAUGUGGCCAAGGCAAAGCAGGGUGUGCAGCAGAAUCUAAUCUAUGGCAAAAUCACAGGCCUCACAUCCGACCUGGAUGUGCAGAAGCAGCCAGACGUGCUGCAGUCCACAGCCGAGCCAGAGGACGCGGGCAGCGACGAAGACCCAACAAGUGAGAGUGAUGGUGAAGGUGAUUCUCAGCAGGACAACGACGAUGGCUCCAAGUUCAAGAACUCCGCCCGUCCACGAGACGAAUCGCUGGAGAGCAAAAAGGCCCGCAAGAAGGCUGUGAAGGAUGCCAAAGCAGAGCAGCGAAAGGUCAAGGUGAAAAAGCACGUUAAGAAGCGCAAGGAGAAAAUUGGCACCAUGAAAAAAUAGUAAUGCCCCCGCAACCCUGAUUGGAACGAAGGAAACGCAUGCAACUGUCGUUGAAGCUACCGAUAGAUCGGUAGAUCUCCGUAGCGGAUGGAUCUAUGAUCUUACAUUUUUGUUGUAUGAAUGAAUCAUUGAUGUGAUGCCUCCAGUUAUAAAAAUGAACAUCGGAUCCCAGUCGGAUCCAUUAUAUUUUAUUUUAAAAUUCGAAUUUAAAUCACUUUUACCACAAAAAAUUGUAUAAACUGUGCAGGCGCCUUGGAGCUGCAUUCCAGCCACAAGGUGCAGGAGCAAGGUGAGGCUGUAAUCCUAACUGCUUAGAGCUAUGUACAUACAUCAACUUAUAUCUAAAAUUUGUCUUGUCAAGGGU